GACCUACGCAACGGCACGCGGCUUGCUGCUCGAUCGAGGGGCCCGCCGUGCGACAUCAUGACCCCUCUUCCCCACAUUGAGAUCCGCUUCGGAACUAGGAAUUGAAGCUCCCUUGUCUUCCGGAACUGGGAAAGCCAGCAUUCCCCCCAACUCCGACCGGAUUAGACUUCGGGAAACGCUCGACAUCUUUAAAGCAAGUGAAUCCUGACGUAUGUCUACUCGAUUCGUCAUCGUCCGAUGAAAAAGGUGUUUGUAGUUUGGGGAAAGUAUCCCAAGAAGAACAUCUCAGCUUCUACAACGACUUCCCCACACAUCAAUCCCGUGCACACUCAACAUUUUCUCGCUUGAACACAAAUUGCAUUACCAAUUAGGUCAAAAUGGCGCCGUAUCAAGGUCAUUGCAACUGUGGCUCGGUCAAGGUCACAGUCAACAAGAAGCCGGAUAACAUCGUUAUUUGUCACUGUUCAAACUGCAAACGUGCUGGUGGUCCCUUCUCCAUGAACCUUUUCGUCGAUGAUGGUGAAUGGGAGAUCGACGAUAGCCAAAACACGCUGAAAGAGUACCAGGACUCGAACACUGAUUCCGGAAAUACCAUUCAACGAUGCUUCUGCGGAAAAUGUGGAAGUCCUGUCAAGACCACAACAAAGGCGAUUCCCGGCAAAGCGCUUAUCAAGGCAUCAUUGUUUGACGACAUCCCAACCAAGAAGAGUGAAGUGUAUGGCCAGAAAGCGAUCGACUGGGCCUAGAGAUGCUGUCACUAAAUUUGAAGUUACGAGAUGGGGCGUUUGAGGCGGGUGGGGGGUCACUUUGGCGGAUGAGGUUGGGUAAAAGUGACAGAUGGCAGAUAGAUUGAAAGUAUAUGUGCUUGAUAUGCAGUGAGAAGCUAAAAAUAUGGCACUUCACUCCCACCCCGAACUUGACAAAUGAACUGGGAAGAGGUAUUCCAGCUGCCCAAUUAAAGCAAAGAGUCUAUACAUAGUGAUCGC